UCCAAGGCACGUCGUAACAUCGGAUAUACCAGUCAGCAUAGACGACGAAGAAGUCACAGCUUUAGUCGACACUGGCGCGGACACCUCUGUUAUGAGCCGAGAACUUGCCGCUAAACUGAAAAAAGUUUACACGCAGUGGACUGGGUCGCAGGUCCGUACUGCCGGAGGACACCUCUUAAAGCCCGUGGGCAGGUGUACAGCACGAGUGAAUAUUCGCGGCUUUACGUACGUCGGAGAUUUCGUUAUCCUGCCGAGUUGUUCGCGAGAGUUGAUCCUUGGGAUGGACUUCCUGCAGGCUAAUGGAGCCAUCAUUAAUUUGCAAGAGUCGCGGGUAACGUUUUCGACAGCGCAUGCCAUAGCAAGCAACAAGUACGACAGUCAUGACAACGCCUUGCGCAUCGUCGACGACAACGUCACGUUACCGCCGAGGAGCAGCGUAUUAACCCUUGUAACCUGCGACGCUUUCGACGACAGUGAGGGCAUUGCUGAGGCAAAUAUUCCGCUGCUGCUCGAACGGUAUAUCUGCAUAGCUCGAGGCCUUGUUCAGUUGCAGAGCAAGCGGUCACUAGUUCUUCUGACGAACUUCAGCAACGAGUUUCAGCACGUCCCUCAAGGCACGGCUGUCGCCUUCCUCAACCAAAUUGCGGACUUCUCCGACGUCGGCACUUUAGAGGUGACUUCCCCAGACGUGACAGAUGCUACCACGCUUUUCAGCCGCAUUCACAUUAAUGCCGGUUUGUCGGAACAACAGAAGCAACGCAUAUUAGGCCUCGUGAGCGAAUUCUCUAGCUGCUUCUCUACAGAAUCUAAAGUUCAGCGCACCUCCGUUUCGAAACACCGUAUUUUCACAUAGGAAUCGGCGCGCCCAGUUCGUCAGCAUCCAUAUCGCGUGUCGCCAAUGGAAAGAGAGGCGAUUAAACGCCAGGUUAAAGAAAUGCUGGACGAUGACGUGAUUCAGCCUUCGACAAGCCCGUGGGCGUCCCCCGUUGUUCUGGUAAAAAAGAAGGACAAUAAACUACGCUUCUGUGUCGACUACAGACGGCUUAACAAAGUCACCAAGCACGAUGUUUACCCUCUGCCAAGGAUUGACGACGCCUUGGACCGUCUACGUCAUGCCCAGUUCUUUACCUCGUUAGAUCUUAAGUCAGGGUACUGGCAGAUCGAAGUCGACGAGCGCGAGAAAACUGCAUUCGUGACACCUGACGGGCUGUACGAAUUUAAGGUCCUCCCAUUCGGCCUGUGUUCCGCUCCCGCCACAUUCCAGCGAAUGAUGGACACUGUACUCGCUGAACUGAAGUGGCAGACAUGCCUCGUCUACCUGGACGACGUCGUUGUGUUUUCAAGCACGU